ACUAUUAUUACUAUUAUUAUGGCCAUGGUAGCAUUACUCGGAUUUACAAAGUUAUGGCUCUGGUCACGGAAACGCUACCGAGGGCGCUGAAGAAGGACCUGUAUGAAAUCGUCGCCCUGCGCACGCACAUCCAAUACAGCGACAGGAGUUCUCUGCAAGAGAUUCGUCGCGGGCGUUACGAGGAGUUGGACAGAGAAGAAUUCAAGGUUAUGGCUCUGGUCACGGAAACGCUACCGAGGGCGCUGAAGAAGGACCUGUAUGAAAUCGUCGCCCUGCGCACGCACAUCCAAUACAGCGACAGGGACUACAUUGAGAAAAUCUGCCAAUUCCUACCCCAACCGCGGCCGGUUCCGGUGCAGGACGCCCCCCCUUUGAACGCCGCCAGCAUCCGGUUGCAUCUGGAUCGCUUUGAUGAAAUGCGGGGAGGACACAGGAACCAGAGUACGUGUGAGGUAGUGCACAUUCAUCGCGAUAAUGAGAGGUGUGUCAUCGACCAGUACACCGCGUCUCCAAAAGGAGCGAAGCUGUCGACCUGGUCACAGAUGUCCAAAGAGGAUCGGACUCAGAUGCUUUCAAAAUACACGAAGAGCCUAAAUGUGCCGAUGGAAAGCUCCGCAGAAACAAUGAGUCUAAACUACGUGUUACUGGAUCAGGAAAACGACGGUAUCGAGGAUGAAGAAUUGUUCGAGUUCGACACUUCCUCCAGGUUCUUCAUCACAAGGACUUCCUGUCGGUUUUGAGAGGGAGAGCGGGAGAGCGAGGGAGAGGGAGAGAAAGCAAGAGAGUGAAUGGGAGUUAGAGUGAGUGAGAGAGAGAGAGAGAGAGAGAGAGAGAGGGAGAGAGAGCAGAAGAUCGAGAGAAUAAUAGAGCAAGAAAAGAGAACAAGAGAGCGAAAGAGAGAGGCAGAGAUAAAUAGAGAUAGAAAUAUACAGGGUAUAUGUAUAUAUAGAGAGAGAGAUCAAUAGAGCAAGAUGGAGAGAGAGAGAUCAAGAGAGUAAGAGAGCAAAAAAGAGAGAGAGAGCAAGAGAGAACGAGAGAGAGCAAGAGAAAAAGGGAGAGCGAGAGGGCAAGAGAGAGAAAGAGUGCAAGAUAAAGAGAGAGGGGGGGAAGAGCAAGGAGGGAGAGAACAAGAGAGAAAGGGAACUAGAGAGAAAGAGCGAAAGAGAGACAUAUUGCAUAUAUAUCUACUUGUAUGCCUGUGCAUCUAGAAUAGCAUACAUUUAAUGAUGCUAUCAAAUUAUACCUUUGCCUGUAACCUAUUGGUUUGUCUAUCUGUAUGUCUCUGUCUGUCGAUGCAUUAUCACAUACAUGCAUGGAGAGAAAGAGAGAGAGACGGAGAGCAAGAGAGAUCGAUAGAGAGAGAAAUAGAGAGCAAGAUAGAGAUGUGUAUGUAUAUGUACCUGUUAGUGUGAAAUUUAAUGAUAUGGUAAUGGCCUUUUUAUUACUCCAUUGUGAUAACUGGCCACAGGGUAAGAGUCCAUGUUAAAAUAUGUAGCAAUGGUGGUGUUGCUCAUGACAUAUAUAAGUAAGAAUGAUUUUAUGUUAAUAAAAUAAUGAUGUGAUACAAUGGACCGCGUUCAUUGCAACACAUGUAUAAAAGGUAAGAAUGAGAAUGAAUGUCUUCACAAUACAAAAGAUCUAUUUGACUGGUUUCGUUUUUUUUUUCGUUUUUCGUUAGAAAUACAUAUAUAUAAUAUUC